AUGAACCGAGGUCAAGGAAUGAGAAGUCCGAAGGCUUCCUCCCAGAAGAUCCCUUUGCAGAGAUUGUCACGAGGGCUCCUCCGUCGUCCGAGCCAGAUCUCGUACAGAGAAAGCAUUUCCGAAGUCUCAAAGAAUACAACGAGUAUCGUGAGCAGGAGUACAAUCAGUAUCGAAAGCAUGCACAAAACGGAGCGCUCUACAGAAUCUACCCGAAUAUGCACGAAAAAGACUCGUCCUAUUGCUCCGACCUACGAGGGAUGUUCAUGUUCACUUGCCAGCCAAGUAAACCCCUACGUAUAG